UCAGAAAGAAUGUCUGACAGUCAAUCCUGUAGCUUUUGCACUCAUCUUAAAUUUAUUUGUUUCCCAUUUGUGCAUAUUCUGUUGUCUUCUUAUCCAGAAUACAUUGAUUUGGUCAUAUAAUUUUGCAUCGCCUUCAUUCCUAGGUAACAUCAUCAGAUGUUUUAACUGAGGCUGAGGUGUUCACUUCCUUUAUAUUCGUAAAAAACAAAAAACAGCUACUGCUAACGCGGACACAUCAUUGUCUAUGAUUUAAAAUAACAGUAGAUUUUUCCAAAUUUUCAUUGUAAAUGGCACCAAAAGGAAUGAACUAACUAUUGGCGCCGGAAUCAUCACAUAAUGACUAGAGAAUAGGAUGAUUGAAGAAUACACAAGACAACAGACCAUUCUGCUUUUUUUGUUUGUUUUCAAGGUCACUGUCGACAAAAAAUUUCCAACUACAUCAAUCUUUCAGCAGUUGAACGGACUUGUUGCAGACACGUUAUAUAAUAACAACGUCGUGCAGAAAGAGAAAUCUGUGAAGCAAGGAGCAUGUCUAGCUCUAGCAAGGCCUCUGCAAAGGGAGCUGAGAGAGAAAAUCAGAAACAGGGAGACGACGCUCUUGAUGAAGGAGUACUUGUUCAGGCUAAUGUUGGCCCUCUAGAUCAUUUAUAUCUAGAGAUGGUUUCUCCACCAUUUCAAAAUUGUCAAGAUAAUAUGAGAAUACUCUCCAAGAUCAAACCACAACUUAUGCUUCCUUCUGUAUCUCCGGAGGUUCUGAGGUGCUGCAGAAGGAGCGUUGGCACAGAAAAUGAGACUGAACGAACACCUCAAUCUUCGCCUAAGUUGUCAGCUAAUCACAUAAUUGAGUUGGCUGCAGCGGACUUCAUCCAUUCCAAUUUUAGACUUACAUAUGCUAGCAACAUCUCUGGCCUCUCUGCAGACGAUGCUAAAGAUAUUCUUCUCGUGCAGAAUCUGCUAAAGUGUGCGGAGAAAGUAUGCAACGAGCAGUAUGAUUGUGCAGGCAAGCUUCUUGAAGAGUACAGUGAGCUGAGGAUAAACCGAAUGAAAGUUAUACAAAGGUUGGUGUACUAUUUCAACCAAGCUCUUUGUGAAAGGAUUGAGCGCGAAACUGGGAGUUUCAGACGCGUGCUGCAGAGCUCGCCACACGACUCCAUAACCAAAAUUUCUGAUAUAGCUGCAGUUUACCAGAAACUGCCUCUCAAUCAGGUGAUCCAGUUCACUGGCAUUCACUCAGUCGCGGAUCACGUUUCAAGAUGCAGAAAGGUGAAUAUCGUUGAUCUCAACAUCUCUUGUGGGCUUCAAAUGAUGAUCUUGAUACAAAAUCUAGCAGAAAGAUCUCAUCAUCCCGUUGAACGCGUUAGAAUCACUGCUGUAGCAGCUAGCUUUGAUCCCACUAUUGAGGAGGCCGGUUUUCGGCUGAGAAUCUUGGCUAAGUCCUUGAAUCUGAACUUCUCUUUCCAUGUGGUCAGCUUAGAGUAUGUCCUAAACCAUCAAGAAAAUGCCUUGGACCUCGACCCCGAAGAAACGGUAGUGGUCCAUGCAGCAUUCGCCUUGAGGCAUAUGAUAACGGAUCCAGACCGGCUGGAGGCCUUGAUGAACUUCAUCAGAAACAUCAAUCCUAGUUUGAUGGUCAUGAUUGAAGCUGAAGCAAAUGUCAACUCUCCGGUAUUUGUGCAUCGUUUCGUUGAAGCCCUCUUCUUCUAUGGAGCCAACUUUGAAUAUGUGGAGGAUUGUUUAGAGAAUGAUGAUGAGAGAUCUUGUCUUGAGAUAGGAUUCUUUGGCCCUGCGAUAAGGAACAUUGUGGCAGCCGAGGGAGAGGAGAGAAAGUUCCGAAUUGUGGGAAUAAACGUGUGGAGAGCGUUUUUUGAGAGAUUUGGCAUGGUUGAGACAGAUCUCAGCACACUAGCCAUCAGCCAUGCGAAUCUGGUGCUUGAGAGAUUCGAGUGCGGGGAUUCUGGCACACAUUGUAUGAACGGGAAGUGCCUCGUUGUUAGUUGGAAAGACACACCAAUGUGCUCACUAUCUGCAUGGAAGUUCCAAGGGAUGUGAUCAAUAUUCAUCAGAUAUUCUUUUAGUUCUGUGUUGUUUGCAUUUCUGUGGAAACUGCUUUUUGAGAUGUAUCAUUUUCACAGUUUGAUCUAAGCUUUUUCACUAAUCAAAACACUAUGAUUUAUGUAACGGUUUACACUUUUUGAUGCUUCUACUCUUCAUCUAGAAAAUAUUGUAAUUCCUAGAAACUUCACCCUUUU